AUGGACUAUAAUACAGCUGUUCCACACAAAGUUGUAGGGGCCUUUCUAGCGGAUACAGACGCCGGAGGCAACGAUGUCUGCACGAGUAAUUCUGAGAUCAAAGAAUCAAAGAAUAGUAAUAAUAACGAGUGUUGUCAACAAAAUGGUCAAUUAUGGGGUUCUACUGAUGAUCAAAUUUUUUCGCAGGAUGGAAAAACAAUAAUAGCUGUUGGUCAUGCUUCCGCAAAAUCUGUUGUUCCUCUUGAACUCUUACGAUCUAUAUAUUUGCCUGAGCAACCACAUGAUAGGAUCUUUGAUCUCAAAACAAGAACCAUUUCUUAUCUCCACACCAGAUCCUUUAUGCCGGUCAAAUCACUAGCACCGGGAGAGAAAAAAAGGAUAUUAGUUACAGGAGGAGCUGGAUUUGUGGGUUCUCAUUUGGUUGAUAGAUUGAUGUUAAUGGGGCAUGAAGUGAUUGUGAUUGACAAUUUCUUCACGGGUCGCAAAAAUAACGUUGCUCACUGGAUAGGCCAUCCUAAUUUUGAGCUCAUUCGCCAUGAUGUAGUUGACCCAUUCUUAAUUGAAGUUGAUCAAAUUUACCACUUGGCGUGUCCAGCAUCACCACCUCAUUAUCAAUACAACCCCAUCAAGACAGUAAAAACAAGUGUAAUGGGUACAAUCAAUAUGCUCGGUCUAGCUAAACGCGUCAAGGCUCAAGUCUAUGGUGACCCCGAAGAACAUCCUCAAUCAGAAACAUAUUGGGGUCACGUAAAUCCUAUUGGUCCAAGGGCAUGUUAUGACGAAGGCAAGCGAGUAGCAGAAACGUUGACAUAUGCUUAUAUGCAUCAAGACGAUGUGGACGUCAGAGUCGCUCGUAUUUUCAAUACUUUUGGUCCUCGCAUGAAUGAAAAUGAUGGUCGUGUAGUGAGCAAUUUUAUCUUGCAGGCAUUAAAGGGAGAAGAUCUUACUAUCUACGGAGAUGGUUAUCAAACCCGUUCAUUUCAGUACAUUCACGACUUGGUGGACGGAUUAAUCUUAUUAAUGAAUAACGACUACACAGAGCCAAUCAACCUAGGCAAUCCCGAUGAAUAUACUAUAUGCAAAUUUGCUGAAUUGAUUCGUAACGAAGUUAACAUUUCAUGUAAGAUCAAGACUCUACCAGCGCCGACAGAUGAUCCUAAAAAACGACGACCUGAUAUUACAAAAGCCGAGCAGGUUCUUGGAUGGAAGCCACGAUGGCCAGUCAGGCAAGGUCUAAGUGAAACUGUUAAAUAUUUUCAACGACAGAUGGAGGCGGGACUCAUAUGA